AUGCUUUUUCAUCGUCUAUUGUUUGCGAUCCUCAACUUUUUAUGUAUGGCUGAAUUUGCUCUUGCUGUUCCUGCUGAUGGAGCUUCGGGAUCUGGUAAAAGAAAGAACUCGGAUCAUGAGGAUGUACAAAAAGCAAAACAACGAAAAGUGCAACUUGAAAAGAGCAAGAGCGAAUAUAGCAAAACUUGGGAUGAAGCAAACAAACACGUCGACUUGGGACACUCUGGCCGUAAAUCUUGGAUCAGGUUGUGGCAACAACAGAAACAUCAAGAUGACAUUGCGCGAAAAUAUAAUUUGUAUGGAAAUCUACUCAAAGAAGAUACACAAGUACAACAUGGGAUGCAUAGAGUUGCGAAUGAUCAUACCAUGGCGUCCAAGAAAAUUCAACAAAGGAUGGACAAAGUAAAGGAAGACGGGAAAAUCAGUCCAUCACGCGCACAACAACAAAAUGAAGAGCAUUACGAUCGAUUGCUACAGUAUUCCACUGAUAUAAUGGAAGAAGACAAAAAGAUUCACGGUCACAAUCGAUGUCGGAUAAUCGUUGAAUGCAGACCUGGCUAUUUUCAAGAGUAUCGCAAGAAGCAACAAAAGAUUCGAGCAGCACGGCUCAAGAAAAGUGCAGCAGAAAUACGUCUAGAGGAUCUGCGUAAUAGGUACCACGAACGUUCUAGUUCCCAGCGUAAGGCGGACGAGAAUGAUGUAUCGCUAUACCAUUCAAAUAGGUCUAAAUGGAUUGAAAAAGAUAUGCUGCAAAACAAGGUAGAAGGCAAUAUUAGAAGACAUCGUCUAGCUUCAAUGAUUCUAGAUAAGAAAAAACCGGAAUUGAGGGACGUUCUACGUCAUCGCGCCAAUGAAUUACAAAAGGAAUCCGAGAAACUACAAAAGAAAAAAGAUAAAAUCAAACGCAAAGGUUUCACAGACUUUGCAAGAGAUGACGUACGGCAAAACAAUUUCCAGGAAGAUAAUGCUGUCUAUGACAAGUUUGCGGACAAAGCAACCAACGUUACCUGCAGACCUGGACAUUUCCAAGAAUAUCGUAAGAAACAACGAAAGAUUCGAGAGGCACGGCUCAAGAAAAGUGCAGCAGAAAUACGUUUACAAGAUCUCGAGAAAAAAUACAGACGUCGUAUCCAAUCCGAAAACAACGCAGAUGAAGCUGGCGUUAGUCAAAAUCAUUCAAACAGAUUAAAAUGGGUUCGAAAAGAUAUGGAACAACAUAAAUUGGAUGCAAGUAUAAAAAGACAUCGAUUAGUAGGGAAAUUGCUUCGUAAUCAAGAAAUAGAUGAUGCUAUGAAUCAUCGCGCCAAUCAUCUACAGAAUGACUCUAUCAAUUUACAGAAGCAAAAGAACAGACUUAAGCGAGUAGGUUUUGAAGAUGUUAUCGGACACAUAAACAAGGACAGAGAAGCUGACAUGGAUGAGGGCUAUGAAAGCAAAAUUCGUAAAUGUGAUGCAAUCAUUCAACGGGAAGCAAAGUUUAAUACUAGAAAACAGGUAGAAAGAAAAGCAGAAAAAAAGCCAGAAACAAAGGCAGAAAAAAAAGCAGAAAGUAUCAAAUGGCAUAAGCAAGAGAUCGCCCGUCAUCAAAAAGAAUUAAACCACAUCGAAUGGCAACGUGAGGGAUUACAAGAAGAAAUGAAUGAGAUUCCUUCUGGUUCUUCUAAGCAACCAGAAAUCAAAAAGAAAAUCGAUGAACGUAGAAAGUCUGAAUCUAGUUUGAGAUUUCAAAAGCUAGCAUCAAAUCUACUACAAACGGACAAUUAUGCCGUUUCUCAAGCUCUACGGCUAAAUGUUGCUAAUGCUCCCUUCAAGCAUCAAAAAAUACAGGACGACAUAACGAAACUCAAAUCUGAUAGCACUCAUGAUCCUGCACUAAAGUUGAUGCACGAUGUAUAUUAUGAUUCAAAAAAUCAUCACCUUCUAGGCGCUAAAGGUGCAUGGACUAGAGCAUUACUUCAAGAGGAAUUUAAGCUAAAAAAGCUUGAGAACACUCCUAAGAAGAAAGGACGUUGGAGUUGGUUAUCUUUCCCAAGCACCCAUAAAAGAGACUGA